AGUUUGUUUGAAUAAGGUCGUAGUAUAUAGUUUGUUGAUGCAUCCAUUUCUCAAUAAGAGCAAUGAAAUAAUGGUCGAAUGUGAUUUGUCAAAUUGCGUAAAUCAAUAAAUAAGAACCAAUCCCAUUCGAGUGCUACUCAGCUGCUGGAUGAACACUAGGUGGUGAUACUAGAUGCAUCCGCUUUUACGGUUCCCGCGAAGUUUCGUAUAACCUAUCUUUUUCGCUUUUCAUAAGUGUUCCACACCCCUUGCUAGGUUAGCGACAUAUUUCGUCGUUGUCAUAUAUUCGGCGAUUGCUAGGAAUUGUCGCGUAAUAAAAACGUAUUUCUUGCUGAAUAAUGAAAUCUUUAGAUAACGAAGAGAUUUGUAGAUUAGCAAUUUGACAAUUUGUUCUUGUCAGCGACGUGUUUGCAAGACUAUCAAGUGCCGAACAAACAAACUCCGUUUAUGAAUGCACGCGAAGAGAACGCAUGAUGAAUACGGCCGCGAGAUUCGCGCGAGUGUUGUGAUUCGCGCGAAAAUUGCAGAAAAUUCGCGGAUACGGACAAUUUUUUUUGACUGUUCGAUAGAUCUUGCAUUAUUUGCUUGAAGAAAAUAUCAGAUAUAUAAGACCAUAUUAAUCUUAUAUGAUUCGCAAAUUUACGUUUGUGUCGAGUGAUAAUCUCACAUAGUGUAGCGUUCGUUUCCUUUAAACACUUUUAAACGGCCGACUACCAAAUGUCAAAGAACAAACUCAAUUUGACAUUACCACCUGGCUCGAUAGAACCGGUUCCAGAAGCAUCUCCGUCACCGCCGGUUCCGCCUGCUUAUCCGGAACCUGCAGAGAUAUCCGACGGCAUGAAGGACUCAUUGAACAUUGAUAUUCUCCAAGCGAGACUAGAAGAUCUAGAAAUGGAUGAGGAACAAAAGAAACGACUAGAAAGCUUUCUGGGACAGAAGGAAAAAGUUGGAGAACUGUGUGGCGAGGAUUUUGAAAAAUUAGGUGAAUUAGGUUCGGGUAAUGGUGGCGUUGUUACAAAAGUCAGACAUAUAAAAUAUGGUCUUAUAAUGGCAAUGAAGCAAAUACGCUUGGAAGUGAAACCACCUAUUAAAAAACAAAUAAUUAGAGAAUUAAAAGUUCUUCAUGAAUGUAACUUUGCACAUAUAGUUGGAUUUUAUGGCGCUUUUUGCAGUGGAGGAGAAAUUUGUAUAUGUAUGGAAUAUAUGGAUGGUGGAUCGUUAGAUCUAAUAAUGAAAAGAGCAGGACGUAUUCCAGAAUCCAUGAUAAGUACAAUCACAUGUGCUGUUCUGAAAGGUUUAACGUACUUGCGAGAUAAGCACGCCAUAAUGCACCGGGACGUAAAACCGAGCAACAUCUUGGUCAACAGCGCGGGUGAGAUCAAGCUCUGCGACUUUGGCGUUUCUGGACAACUGAUCGAUUCGAUGGCUCAUUCGUUCGUUGGCACGCGAAGUUACAUGUCGCCAGAAAGACUCCAGGGAUCGCAUUACUCGGUGCAAAGCGACAUUUGGUCGCUUGGAGUGUCACUCGUGGAAAUGGCGAUUGGGAUGUAUCCUAUACCACCGCCGGAUGAUAAGCUUUUAGCUGCUAUAUUCGGUUCAGAAUGGUCGCAACACAGCGGAGAGGAUUCGAUAACGGACAGCGAUUCCACGCUGUCUCCACAAUCGCCAUCGAGACACCCGCACACUCCCAAGCCAUUGGCGGUAUUCGAGCUGUUGGAAUUGAUAGUUAAUGAACCACCGCCGAGACUGCCAGCCGGAUUAUUCAGCAAUGCUUUCAUAGAUUUCAUCGAUCGAUGUUUAAAGAGGAACCCAAACGACAGGGCAGACUUGAAAACGUUAACGAAUCAUGAGUGGAUAAAGAAAGCCGAGUCGGAGAACGUAGAUCUCGCUGGAUGGGUAUGCCGCACGAUGAACUUGGAACCAUCUACGCCAACGCACUUAUCGACCGUGCAAUCCUGAAUAAAUGUAACUCUUACAUACUUGACUACGUAUAUUCGCGUUCAGUACUCCUAAAUUACGCCUUGGUUCAUUUAGGUUUUUAUUCGAUCAAACGGUGGCGUAUAUCUCUUAUGUUCUCUUCUCUCCCUCGAUCGAUGUCUUUUUACAAAAUUAAUACACCUACGUUUUUGGUAGGUGCGCUAGGUCCGUUGAUCGUAUCAAAUAAAUCCGUAUCAUUGUUUAUUGUUGAGCAUUGCGCAAACGAUUACAGGGAUUUACUUAUGACAGCAAUCGUAAGGAAUCCGAUUGAUUGACCACGUUGUUAUGUAUCUUGGCCAUUUUAUUGGUUUUAUAGGAAGAAACGAUUACGUUGUAAUAUAUAUAACUUGUUAAGUAUCACCGUCAUAUAUAUCGGUGAAACUGACUUGUCUUGUGAAUUAAUUCUUGCGGACCAGAUGAAUUAAUUAUGUUUCGCGCUCGGACUUUACUCGUCCAAAUAAUUUACACAUAGCACGCCACUGUGCCAAAUAUUAAUUUUGUAAGAUUCACUUUACGUGUUCGUUCUUAUGCUUCUGUUGAAAGUAUGUAAGAUGACAAAUUGCAAUAUAAGUUUAUUAUAAAAUUCAUGGGCAAAUUGUGUUUCCCGUGAUAUGAUAUUAGGAUGUGCGAAUGAGCAUUAAACCUACCAACGUCGUUUGAGAAAAUUAAUUAGAUCGAGUUACUUGUAUAAGAUUUGUACCUGACAUUCAUAGAAACGUUAUUUACACGAUCAAAAAUGUCAUCCUUAAUCAUGUUAAACCGUUGUUUUUAUAUCAAUGCAUAAUUUUGAUUAAACACGGUUGUAAUUUUUAUUUUCACUCGUACACGUGCGCGCGUGUGCGACACACACAUACACACACGUACGCACGUACACAUACGCAACGCACAUUUGUGCGCUCGCGCGCACCCCCCCCCCACACACACACACACACAUAUACACACCAUACACAACGCUUUUUACAUUACAGUGAUCUUUUUUUUUUUUUAAAAAAAGGCAAUCUAGAGAGAGUAUUUUGAUAAUAUAAUCCAAGUCCUUCAAAUUAAUUCACUUGCGAUAUAAAAUUCUUGCGAAUUUAUCAACAUUAAUGUAUAAACUUAUAUUUAAUAGACUAUACAUUUAAGAUGUGAAAGACCAACUCUAUCAUCGCAUAAUUAAUCUUUCAGUACAUUGGCAAACGUACAAAGUAAAUAGAACUUGUCUCAUUUUUCGCAUUAAGAAUUCGUAAUAUGGUUGAACUGUUUACACGAUAGAAUUUAGAAUAUUUCGUUAUGAAUUCGUUCUGCUGCAAAAUAUAUGUGCACACAGUGGGUGAUAUUUUCGAUUCCUUCCUAGUGCUAAAUGUGCGAUAAAGACUGGAUUUAUUAUUGGUAUUUUACAUUAAUUUAAAAAUAUAAAAUGCAUAAUGGUAAUAGAGUGAAGUAUCUCACAUUUUCAUUUAUUGAUGAAUAGUAAAAAUGAAGAAAAUGUGUGUGUGUGUGUGUGUGUAUGUUUGUUUUCAUCAUUAUUAUCCAUGAACAAUUCAUCCAAAUGUGUAUGUAUAUACAUACAUAAAUACACAUACACAUCACUCAUUCGCAACAAAAAGAUUCAUCUUUUGUGCGUCCAAUUACAUGUCAAAUCAAUCUUAUUGUGCAAUUUUGAUAAAUGUAUUUGAGAAACGUUUUGCCAUUUUAUUAGUGGCCAACUUAAAAUUCCAACGAGAAUGUUUCAAAAAUUAAAUGCUAAUUGAAUUUUUCUUCAUUUUAAUAUUGCCUCAUUAUCUUUAUCACUUUAUAUGCCUCAUUAAAUGUAAAUUGCUGCAAUUUUUCCGCAUGUUUAAACAGGCAUUUAAUCAUGCAGCGCUUAAUGGUUACAUUAUUAUUGGCAUAAAAGUUGACUAGACAUAUUUCAUAGAAAAGUACACUAAUACAUAAACAGUGCAAUAGAAUCGUCGUGGGAAAACACGAAUAGAUUACAAAUAUGCAAAAUCAUAAUAUUACGAUCGAUUUAUCGUUCGUUGAAAUGUCUUACGCUGAAUAUUAUAUUUUGUAGAUGUAAUCUACAAGUUAGUCUCAUAUUACAUGUAAUAACUAAUAACUAUCUACGAGUUGGCUUAAAUAUCACCGGAUUGAAGUAUUGCGAGUAUAUCGUAAUACUUGUGUGCGGUGUGAGAUACUUCUCCAUGUGUGUAUGUGUAUCAGUGAGAGCGUAAGACGCUCAAGAAUUAAAAUCAUGUUACGUUUCGUAUCGCGAUCAACGGCAACACAAUAAUAUUAAUAGUAAGAACAAACGCAUAUAAUGCAUAUAUUGUUGUAAAAUGGUUUCUAUUAUCUACCAUAGGAAGACAAUAUACACGAUUAAAAGAUAUCCAUAAAAAAAAAAUCGUGUCGUAAAGUGUAUGAAAAUGCCAAUAUAAUUUAGCAAUUUUAUCAAGCGAUUCAUAAUUUUAUGCGCAAAGUUCGUAAUUCCUAGCACUUAUUAAAAUAUGUGCACAUUCCUCGUUGCAUAUAUGUGCAUAAUAAUUGCAGUUGUAUUGAUUCAUUGUCUAAACGUUAUUAAUUAUAAAUACAAUAAAAUCAUCGAUGUUGUAAUUCUA